AUGCAGCCAGCGGCUGCUGCUGCUGCUGCAGCUGAGGCGUUAGCAGCAGCAGCUGACCGAGGCAGCAGCCGCAACAGCUCCCUCAGCACGUGCUGCAGCGCGCAGGCAGCACGAUCAAACAGCUGCUGCUGCAGCAGCAGCGGCAGCAGCAGCAGCAGCAGCAGCAACGACCCCUUGCCAAUGAUGGGUGUCACUGGAGACUGCCUGCAUCAGCAGGAGGACCAGCAGCAGCAGCAGCAGGAACAGGAGGAGGAGCAGCAGCAGCAGCAGCAGGAACGGGAGAAGCAGCAGCAGCAGCCGCAGCAGCACGAACACGGAGAAGAUUGUGAUUGUUUUGAUUGCUAUUCUUUUUCAGGGCCUUUUAAUGGCGUCAAUGUGUGUGAUGAGGCAGCAGCAGGAGCAGCUGCUGCUGCAGCAGCAGCAGCAGCAGCAAGAGGCUUGACUGUUGCAGGUUUUGCUGCUAAGCACUUGGGUACUGUUGUCUUUAUGCGUCAUGGGGCAAGGGCCCCGAAGGUUCGUGUGUCUUCUGCUGAAGUUGCUGCUGCUCCUGCUGCUGCUCCUGCUGCUGAGGGGGAGCAGCAGCAGCAGCAGCAGCAGCUGGACGGCGACGCGUCGGGUGAGGCGAGCAGCAGCAACGACAAUAGCAGCAACAACAGCAGCAGCGACAACAACAAUAACAGCAACACCAGCAGCAGCAGCAGCAGCAGCAGCCAGCGCAGCAAGAAGACACCUGCAGCGAGCGACACCACCACCACCCCCACUACCAGCAGCAGCAACAGCAGCAGCAGCAGCAGCAGCAGCAGCGCGAACGAAGGAGACACGGAGAAGAUUAUCUGGCCGUUUGGGGGGCAGCCAGGGUCUCUUACCGAAGCGGGUUGGAGACAGUCAGUUGCAGUAGGAAUGAAUAUAAGAGAGUCGCAGCGUUAUCUGCGGCGGUGCAGCGCAUGCGCAGCAGCAGCAGCAGCAGCAGCAGCAACGACAGCAUCAGCAGCAGCAGCAGCAAGAAAGCCUUGCAAGGGCAUACCUGUUGUUGUUUGCAGCACAGAGUCAAUUCGUUGCUUGCAGACAGCUCAGGCGGUGAUAGCAGGGAUGCAGCUAGCAGCAAUGUCUCCUCAGCAGCAGCAGCAGCAACAGCAGCAGCAGCAGCAGCAGCGGGGUUUCUUUCAGGGUGCGUUGUUAAGUCACGACUGUCUCUUUAUAGACGCAGACAGCUGCCUAUACACCGCACCAGCAGGGUCUCCAGCAUCUCUGGCUUUGAAGGCGAAGAGCCCUCUGGUGAAGCUGCAUAAGAGAAGAGCAUUGUGCUGCAGCAGCAGCUACGCAGCAGCAUGCAAUGCUCUUGAAGGAGAAGCAGCUUUGCUGCGAGAGCUAACAGGCUGGAGCAGCAAAGAGGGGCUCAGCGUUAUGAAGAAGUUUGUUUCUUUCUACGGUGCUUACAUCUAUCACGGUGUGCCGCUGCCGCUGCUUAAGGGGGGGCAUUCAAGCCUAGCUUUGCUGCGCAGCAGGAACAGCAGCAGCAGCAGCAGCAGCAGCAGCAGCAGCAGCAGCAGCAGCAACGGAAAUGCCAGCAACGGUAGCAAUGGGAAACCCACAGGCAGCAACAACAGCAGCAACAGCAACAGCAACAGCAGCAACCGCAGAAGCAGCAACCGCAACAGCAGCAGCAGCAGCAGCAGCAACAGCGGUGAUGGUGCUGCAGCAGAGGGCAGCAGCGCAAGACGAUCCAAUGAAGUCCAGAGAGGCAGUAUUGACAGCAACAGCAGCAGCGGCAGCAACAGCAGCAGCGGCAGCAGCAGCAGCAGCGGGUGGAGCAACUCGCGCAGCAGCACCGGCAGCUACGCCACCGCAGCAAACGCUGCAAGGAGGACCGAAGCAGAAGCAGCACUGGCGCCUGCUGCUGCUGCUGCUGCAGCAGCAGCAGAGGUCGCUGCUGCUGUCGUCUUAGCGGCAACAACAGGGACGGGAGACAGCGCCCAGGGCAACACCAGCCCAGCAGCAGCAGCAGGUGCUGCUGCAGCAGCAGCGGGUGCCGCAGCAGCAGCAGCAGGUGCUGCAGCAGCAGCAGCAGGUGCCGCAGCAGCAAAUGCCGCCGCAGCAGCGAAUGCCGCUGCAGCCGCGAGUGCCGCAGCCGCAGCAGCAGCAGCGCCAGCAGCAGCAGAGGACGUAGCAUCACCUGCAUUACCCGCAACAGCAGCACCUGCAGCAGCAGCACCCGCGGCAGCAGCAGGAGCACCUGCAGCACCUGCAUCACCCGCAGCAGCAGCACCCGCAUCAGCAGAAGGAGCAGCUCCCGCAGCAGCAGCAGGAGCAACAGCAGCAGCAGGAGCACCCACGGCAGGAGGAGCGGCACCCUCAGCCGAAGCAGGAGCAGCCCCCGCAGCUGCACCCGCCGCCGCUGCUGCUGCUGCAGCAGCAGCAGCAGCAGCAGAUGAGGAGACACAGGAAAUAUCACCUGAUGAGUUUUUAGAUGCUGUAUUUCGCGGUGCUAAUCUUGUAGCGCGUCUUCAAUAUGCUGAAGAAGAAGAAGUAGGCUGGAGGGCAGGGGGUAUAAGUCUGUUAGAGAUUGCUGCUCGGCUAGAGCGCAUGGCUGAUGCAGCAGCAGCAGCAGAAGCAGCAGCAGCAGCAGCUGCUGCUGCUGCUGGUGCUGGUGCUGGUGCCGCUGCUGCAACACCACGAGAAACAGCAGCAACAGCAGCAACUGAAGAAGAAGAAGCAGAGGGGCUCUGUAUAUUUGUUACACAUCAGUCAGCUCUUCUAGCGCUGCAAGCAGCGUUAGGUGUAUCUGCAGCAAAUAUUCAGAUACCUCACUUCGCUUGUUAUUUACAAGCAGAGCUGCUGCAUAUUGAUGUGCCUCUAACCGAACAUGAUCCAGCAGCAGCAGCAGCAGCAGAAAGCAGCAGCAGCAGGGGCAGCUGUGGUGCUACGAGCAGCAGCAACACGGAGACCCAGCAUACUCCAGAGCGGUGGGAGAAUGAGGCAGCAGAACCAGCAGCAGCAGCAGCAACAGCAGCAGCAACAGCAGCAGCAACAGCAGCAGCAGCAGCUGCAGCAGCAGCAGAAUCAGCAGUAGGAAGAACGCAGCCCGAAGCAUCAACAGAGCCAGCAGCAGCAACAGCAGCAGCGGGAAGCUCUGGUGCAGCAGACAUUGGUGAGGGAGGGAAGCCUCAGUGUAGCAGCAGCAGCUGCAGCAGCGGUUGCUGCUGUUCGUGCUGCAGCGGUGCGUUGGGGUGUACAGACACCUCAGCAGGCGAAGAGACACAAGAAGGAGGCGAAGCAAAGCAGCCGCUUUGUAAAGCUGCUGCUUCAUCUGUGCCGGAGACGAAGCGCUUGCUGUCUCUUCUGUCUCCACUGUCUCCUGCAGCAAGAAGGAGACACUCAAAUGUAGCAGUACGUUGGUUUAUUAACGGCGAUGAGCCUCUCGCCCUACCGGAAGAGCUGCGCUGGAAGGCGCUCGACAGCAGCAGCAGCAGCAGCAGCAGCAGCAGCAACUGCAGCGACUGCAGCGACUGCAGCAACAGCAACUGCAACAUCGUGCUUCUUGAUGAUUUGCUGCGUUUUAUAGACAGCCGCAGGGAGCGCUUCGGGGCUCCUAUACCCCCUGAACCUCUAUUAGCCCUUAGGGUAGCGGAGAUGACAGAAGAGCUGGAGCAGCAGCAGCAGCAGCAGCAGCAGCAGCAGCUGUUGCAGCUGCAGCAGCAGCAGCAGCAACAAGGCGAACUCUGCAACUCGGAAGAAACACCAACAGCAGAAAACCGCGUUAGGAGAUACAGGCUGGCGCUGCCAGAGGCUUCCUGCAGGACGACAGCAGCAGCAGCAGCAACAGCAACUGCAGCAGCUGCUGCUGCAGCAGCGGCAGCAGCAGUAACUGCUGAAGCAGCAACCGCAUCGCCACCUGCAGAACAGGCGGGCCAUCGCCGCCGUGUGAUUUAA